AUGGCAGCCAGAAAAGGCCCUAAUAUUGAAUCGAAUGAUGUGACUCCUCCUGUAUUUAUUUUAAAACCCAUUCGAUAUCCUGUACAAACAAACAAGAAUUCGCGUUUUAUUGAAUCAGCAACAUUGAUUAGACCUUUAUUUCGAUCCAGUACUAUAGUACCAACUGUAAGACCACCAUUGAACGACGAUCCACCAAUAACAGUAACUACUGAUGCACCGCUGAACGCCACAAUUUCUGAGGAAAAAUCUGUUGAACAUUUAAAAGUACCAAAUGACCAACAAAAACUUACACGUCAAUCAAGAAGAAUUACUCAUGCUAUCAUCUCAUCGCCACAAAUACAACCAGCAAUCAUUAGCUCGAGAGUAUCAUCUACUUCAUCUAUAUCAAUUGAAUCUAAUCGACGACAGAAAUGGCUCAGAUUAUCAUUGUGUUGUAGAAGACGUCGUAAAACAUCACCCCGACAGAACGUUGACAUCAAACCGGUAGAAAAUGUUCAAGUCGACGAUUGUUUGCGUUGCUCAUGUGAUUGUAAAUUAAAAAAGAAAUCCACAAACCAUCGUCUCAAGGAAGUAGCACCUGGUUCUGCGACUGGUACUAGUAAUUAUAUCAUGGGUCCUAAUAAACCAAAUUUCUGA